AUCGGGUUACCAGAAAAAAUCGAGGGUGGAUCUCCAAGAGAGUUUCUGAUGAAGUUCAUUCCGGAGCUGCUUGGUGCGGAUCAUUUUCACACACAGCUGGAGGUGGACCGGGCGCAUCGGCUGGGAACCAGGCUGCCUGGUGACAACGCGCGGCCGCGAGCAAUGAUAGCACGAAUUCACUACUUCCAUGUGAAGGAGACGAUUCUACGACUGGCCCGUCAGCAGUUCCCCCUCCGUCACAAGAAUAAGUCGAUCUACAUCUUCCCUGAUUACCCAGCGAAGGUGAUUAGGCAGCGGCAGGCUUUCGACAGUGUGGAGAAGCGGCUGCAGGAUGCUGGAGCGAGGUGCGGCGUCCUGUAUCCAGCACGUUUACGUGUCACCAUCGGCUCUACGGACAAGACGUUCUCCUCUCCGCGGGAUGCAGAGGUCUUUGCAGAAACUUUACAGAGCCACUGAGCACCUGGAAGUUAGAGAAACUGUUGUUGUAUGUGCUUUUUGCUUAGGGUCACUGGGGACCGGAAUUAGUUUUAUAACAGUUUGA